UACAUGGGGCACAGUUAGAUGUCGCUAGUAAAAUGUUGUCCAUGCGCAGGUCUUUUGACGUAUGUAACUGCUGAUUUAACUCAAAAUUGGAGUGUACCAUGGAGGAGAAAUCUCUUGAUUAGAGACGUUUACGGGCACUAUCUUAAUAUAAUUGUUCAAUAUUAAAUAUAAUUAUUAAAAUUACCCAAUUGGGCUCGAUGUAGAGUAAGAUAAAGUUGAGACGAAGCGUCGCCACAGAAGAAUUGCACGAGUGAUCGCUACCCAGUAGGCCCAGUAGUAACAAUAAUAAAUAAAGAAUCCGAUAUUGUGAAGCUUGCUCUCUGCGCAUCCGGACGACACUAACGAAUUUAUGAUUGUUAAUAAAGCUGUAUACGUUGAUAUCGGAGUAAAGUAACCAUGUCACGUAUUACUGAUAAAAUUUUGCGAAUUCUACACGAGUGUCAUCCCAACAAGGAUGAUUUUGUGACUGAGACAAGGGACUCGAGUGACUCGAAAGAAUCGAGAGGAAAGUUGGAGGAAAUGAAAAGUAGGGCGGAAAGAAUUUUCACAGUUACACAAUGCAACUAUAUAGCAAGUGUUGAAUAUGCUAGUUUAAAUAAGCUGCUGGCUCUGUGUAAUUUGGAGACUGGCAACGAGUCGACGGCUAUUCAUCAUUUGGUCGAAGCUCAUGCAGUGAUACUUCGACAACACAUCUUGCACAGAUAUCGAAAGACUCAAUUGUACGAGUCCAUGUGGAAUCAGUCUCAACUGUAUGGACUGAAACCGUCGCAUGUAAAGUUUGAAACAACAUUUACAGAUAAUAGUGAAUCGUUGAAGAGAAAAUUGUUAAACUUACCGAAAGAAUGGUACAUGAUUCAGGUUACCGCCCAAUACGAAUCUCCGACUAUAUUGAGAUACAAAAAGCUUACAUCUAAUGUAAUGCACGCUGUACAUAUUACGGUACUUCCAACGGGUGUAUCCGAUGUAGAACCAUUGUGUAUAACUGUACCGAGACCCGCGACGCAAGUGUCCUACGAUAUCUGCAAAGAGAUUCGGACACUAUUGGAUGGCCAUCCAUCCAUGCUGAAGACCACUUACACGAAUCAUGAACAAUAUUGGAUGAUGCGUGCAAAUUAUAACAAUAGGAUGAAGAUAGCCAUAAACGGAUUGGAGAACUUGUGGUUGAGAGAAUGGAGGGUAUUGUUUAUGGCCGACUCUAUCGAGAACUUGGAAAUAGUAGAUGAGAUUCAUCAAAUGGUUGACAAGUUAAUAUUAGAUUGCAAAUCGCCCGACGAGAUAUCAAACAGAUGUAGGUGGCUUUUGAGGAAAGUAUCCACAGGCGCGUGUUUUCUUACGCGUGAGGAAAUAGCUCGUGCAAUCAAGUUUUUACUUCCCGAGCAUGAAAAACUCGCAAACAACAUCAUUUUAUCUAUUUAUGGAAAAUUACCAUACAUAAGGAAACUAGAGCAUACAAAGCGGAAAACGUUGGUUCUCAUUAUCGAUGAGCAUAUGGAUUACAUAGCAUUUGAAGCUAUGGAAAUUAUCAAGAAUCAUCCCGUUACGCGUUUUCCAUCUCUACAUGUGGCAUAUGCAUUAUUCAAAGAACACCAAGAUACUAUAGUGGACGGUUGUAAAAUAAUUAAAGUUAGAGACAACAUGGGAACUUGCAUAGUCAAUCCCUCCGGUGAUCUUGACAAAAUGGAGAAACGCAUCAAGCUCUUUAUGGACUUUUGGUUAUCGCAGUGGAAAAGUUGUUACAACGCAGAACCUAGCGCAGAACUGUUCGAAGACGCGUUGAUAAAUCGUGACAUUUUAAUGUACGCUGGUCAUGGAAAUGGAAUAGAAUACUUAUCUGGAGAAGAUAUUGAAAAAAUGAGAGUGAAAUCUACAGUUUUAUUAUUUGGAUGUAACAGCGUGAAACUGCUUGUAAUAGGUGGAAGAUUUCCACCUUAUGGCGUUUCAAAUCAAUAUUUAAUAGCGUGCAGUCCUUGCCUUUUGGGUAUGCUGUGGGAAGUAACGGAUGUUGAUAUCGAUAAAAUGACCACAAAUUUCUUGAGUAAUUGGAUUCCUUCAUUCUCCGAGAAAUCGUGGGCCGAGAUAGACAUGGAUAGUUGGUGUCAUGGUGUUCUAAAAUUUACAAAGACUGGAGCGAAGGAUAAAACAAACAUGGAGCCAGAAAUGUUAAGAGCAGUGGCAAAGUCUAAGAGUAGCUGCUCACAGUAUAUGACGGCAGCUGCGAUAGUAGUACGAGGUUUACCAAUAAAAAUACUUUAAAUCCUCACGAGGUCGA